CCGCACCGCGCUCACUCGGGCUCCAUGGCGCGGCUGCCGGGCUCCUCGCGCGGCUCCGGGCGCCUGCCGCCUCCCCCCUCGGGCGCCGCGGGCCAGGACGACGGGGGAGGAGGGAGGAGGCGCGGGAGCGGAAGCCGAGCCGCGUCUCCGCCCCCCGCCGCCGCCGCCGCCGCCGCCCUCCGCGCCCCCCGCGCCGGCCGCGCCCUCCUGCGGGCGCCCCUCGGAGCCGGCCCGCUGCGAGGCGACCGCCGCGAUUGGGGUCCCAGCGCCUCUGCCCGCGCCCCCUGCCCCCGGGGGCCGGGCGCCGGGGCUCCGCGGGGGCGGGCGCCCGGUUUGCACCCCGCAGGGCCUGGGGCCGGAUCGAGCCCCGGAAGCAGGUGCUGAGACAAGGAUGGACAACUCGCCAGAACAGCCCCGCCCAUGGAUACAGGCAUCCUUCAUGAAUUUGUGACAACUUUACAAAGCUGGUGCUCAGGCAGAAUGUCUCUGUCCCCUAGGGUUUAUAUUCUAGGGAAGAAGACAAACAAAAACAAGAAGAUAGAUACAUUUAAAACCAAAGCAAACAAACCAAAACACCACUAACAGACUCAGGAAUGCCGUGAAGAAUGAGGGUGUUGGGCUGCAAUGCCUGGGGAAGUAGGGCUGUCUGAGCUACCACCAGGGAGCAGUAGAAGAAUGUGCCUGCCAAGGCAGGAGACGCGGGUUCAGUCUCUGGGUUGGGAAGAUCCCUGGAGGAGGGCAUGGCAAUCCACUCGAGUAUUCUUGCCCGGAGAAUCCUAUGGACAGAGGAG